AUGCUUGACUCCGGCAAAGCGCUCGAUGCCGACGGAGGGAAGGAAUUGAAAGCAGCAACAGCAGCUCAGGGAGAUGAGGCGACAACAGAGGAACUUCAUGGCUGCGCUGUAAACUCGUUGAGUACAAACAACUUCGGCCAGGACGGAAAUCGUAAGCCGCGGGAAACUGACGAGACUAUCAAAAUUCUUGCGGCGUACUUGCGCCGGAUAGAUGAGGUACACGUACAGAUGAAGGGUGCGGCGGAGGCAGAUAUUGAGAAACUUCGGGUGGAGGCUUUCAUUGAAAGAGGUAGCUGGUGCCAAAUGGAGACUGAUCUCCUACGCAAGCGAAUCGCUCUUCUUGGGGACUCUCUCAGCGGUAUAAAUAGAGAACAUUAA